GGGGCGUGUCCAGCUAGGUCGAUGUCUGGCGCGCUCAGAUUGCCUUUUGCAUCUUCGUUCGAGCUCGCCGCUUCGAAACUCUUGCUCGGUGCGGAGAGAUGCUGCAGUAGCGGUGGCAGCUUCGAAAGUCCUUCGCCUGCUUCUGUUCCGUGCUGCCUUAUUCAUGGUCAACAGAGGCAGAGGGGCUCUUGCAGCCGCUGCCGCCGCCGCCUUUUGCCCUGGGCUCGGGGCGAGCCUGUGAUGACCCCGGGCUUACUUCGGGCUGUUUAAACAGCAGGGGAGAAAGGGGAGCUUCAUGGAAGCGAUGUCCCCCCAACAGGAUCACAUCGGGCAGGGUCGCUCUUCCUCCCUGACCGGGGGGUCCCGCCUCUCUGCAGCUUCGGACACCAAGAAGAAAAUGAAGAGCUUGGCACAAAGACGUCAGUCAGCACCAUCCCUGGUUCUCAGCAAAGCGCUGAACAAGUCCAGAACGAGUGCCAGGGAAGGCUGCUUCUCGCCAAUCAGUCCAGAGACAUGUCCGCUGGUACAAUCCUUCCUCUGUCCCAACAGGACAUUCCUUCUGGAUGGGCAUGUACAGCUGAAGACCAGCCUGCAGACCCAGGAACGGCACCUUUUCCUCUUUACAGAUAUCCUUGUGGUUGCCAAACCCAAGUCACAGUUGCAUUUCAAACUGAAGAGCCAGGCACGUCUCUGUGAAAUGUGGACAGCAUUUUGCAUGGAGGAGGUCUGUGAAGGUAGCACUAACCUGGAAAGGUCUUUCGUUUUAGGAUGGCCCACCACCAACUGUGUUGCCAGUUUCAGUUCCGUCGAACAGAAAGAGAAGUGGCUUACUUCCCUUCAGAGUCGAAUCAAAGAAGAGAAGGCAAAAGACUAUCCCAAGAGCAUCCCAUUGAAGAUUAUUGCAAAGGAUAUUGGAAAUUGUGCCUAUUCAAAAACCUUAACCAUAACCAACACAGACACAGCGAAUGAUGUGAUCCUCAUGGCCCUGCAGCAACUCGGAAUCAAUGGCUCUGAAAAGGAGUAUCAGCUUUGGGUGAAUUCUGGAAAAGAAGAUGCCCCAUAUCCCCUUAUUGGACAUGAAUAUCCGUUUGGAAUUAAAAUGAGCCACAUUCGUGACACUUUGCCUCAGACACAGGGAUCAAAGGACUGUGUCUGCCCUCUGGAACUUCAGGGGGCCUUCCUGAUGGAACAGCUGCCCCGUGAGCUUCAGUGCCAGUUCAUACUCAAGCCAAGUUGCCUGGCCACCGGCCAUCAGUUGAAUGAGUUUAGCCAAAAGCCAUUUAAAAGGAAAAGAUCAAUUAUAAACUGGGCCUUCUGGCGGGGAACAGGGCCCCCACUGGACAAUGCACCGCCAUCUCCAACAUCUCCUGUGUCAGGGAAACUCUUUGGCCUUUCACUUCCAGCCAUCUGUGAGAAUGACAACCUACCCAAGCCAGUCUUGGAUAUGCUUUGCUUUCUCUACCAAGAGGGGCCUUUCACUCGGGGUAUUUUCCGACGAUCUGCAAAUGCAAAAUCCUGCAGAGAGCUGAAGGAGAAGCUUGACUCAGGAGAUGAAGUGCACUUACUUUGCGAGUCCAUUUUUGUAACAGCAUCGGUAUUUAAGGAUUUUCUUCGGAAUAUCCCAGGCAGCAUUUUCUCAUCCCAGCUCUGUGAUCAGUGGGUUUCCGUAAUGGAUGAAGGGAACCAUGAAGAGAAGAUAAAAAGCAUCCACAGGCUAAUGGAACAGAUUCCCAGAGCCAAUGUGGUGCUGCUGCGUUAUCUUUUUGGAGUACUGCACAGCAUAGAAAAGCAGUCUGAAGGCAAUCAGAUGACAGCAUUUAAUUUAGCAGUGUGCAUUGCACCUAGCUUGCUCUGGCCUCCAGCUUCUUCAAGCCCUGGGACUGAAGGAGAAUUCACAAAGAAGGUUUCCAUCCUUGUACAGUUUCUGAUUGAAAAUUGCUGCAGGAUUUUUGGGGAGGAAAUUACUUCCAUCUUUGCAGAUAUAAUGCCCAAAAAUGACAACCAAGAAGAUAGUUCAGAUCUCUCUUCUUUUCAUCUGAAUGACUCCUCAUAUGACAGUUUGGAAAAUGAGCUGAAUGACUGCACAGACUCCUCAUUUAACAACCUCAUUAAAAAACGCGGCCAAGAGAACAGGAGUAGAGAUUCUGUUUUGACCCUGAGUGACUGUGAUUUGGAUCCACCAGAAACAGAAAAGACCCAAAUGAAGUUACCAGCCAAAUCCCAGCCAGUGUCCAUUUCUGCUGGCUUCCAUCACAAAUCUCCAUCACGGGAGCACUCUGAAAAUGAGUCUCUGUGCUCCAUCACUUCCGGCUACUCGUCGACAGCCAUCUCUGAUGUUCUCCGAAGCUCAAGAAGACACAGGCGCUGCUCUGAACCCACGAUCGGCCUUCUUGGCUCCAAGUUUACACCACUCAGUGGGUUUCAUGAAAGUGCUGUGCGCAAAGCCAGCUGUGAUGCUGUUCUUUCCCACACAGAUGAAGACUAUCUAAAGCAGCUUCGUUCGUUGCAAGUGGAAGGCCAGAAACUUAUGAAUCAGAGUUUGGUUAUGGGGAUAGAUGUGGGAAAAGAUGUUCCAGAAAGCCACAGCAGUGAGAAGAAAGAUGUAUCUAACCGCCUUCUCCCACCACCUCCACUUAGGUUGAAUAUUUGCUCAAGGACUAGCUGUUCUAGCUUAUCGUCCCCUGGCACGUCCCCUUCAGGUUCUUCAAUGAGCUCUCUAGAUAGUGCUUUUUCCCAGUUUUCUGACUAUUCAGUAUUUACCCCGACUGAGACCUCCUCUCCUCUUGACUGUUCGUUUCACCCUCAGAGGAAACAUGGAGAAACUUCCCCUGAUUUUAGCACUUUCUCAGGUGUCCACCUUGGAUCAGGGGUUGGUUCUUUUCCUAAUCAAGCUGCCAUCAGCCAUAAUGGCAGCUUGGUAUGCGUUAAGAAAGAGAGCUUGGAGUGGCCCCCUCAUAAAAGCCCGGUCAGUCUCCAUCCCAGCACAUGGUUAAAAAGCGGUGCUUCCACCAUGAAAAACUGGACUCUUCGGAAAAGGGAAAGAGCCUCCAAGCAGGAAGAGGAAAAGAACUGUUCCAUUAAAAUAACCUUGGAGUCGCAAGUGUGUCCUUCGGAUGCAUCCGGGAGUAACAUAUGUCAAGGGCAAAGGCAAGGAAUGGACAACUCUGUUGCAACAGAUGGCAGUGCUGUGCUUGUGGGCCAGGAGAGUGAUUCUUCUCAGGGAGCUGGGCAGCUCAGCAGUCUUCCCUUUUGUCCAAUGGAAGUCAAGGAUAAGCGGCUAAAGGCCUUGGAGCUCCUGGCUGAGCAAAGCAAGGAAGAGGAAGAGGAAGAGGAGGAAAGCUCUUCAUUUCUUCCUUCCCAUAAAAGGCAGCCUUCCUACCUUAAUCAAGGUGCUGAAUGUAAACCUGAGCCAGAUGUUGUCUUCAGCACUGAAUGUCGAUGGGUCACCGAGGAAAACUUAAACAACUCUUCACUUCUCACAGAGGACAGAGCCCAGCAAACUGCAGAUUCCAAGGAUGAUAAAUCUUUGUCACGUACACAGUCCAAAGUUGCUGACGCCAACUCUGGGAGGGAAUACUGUGCCUCUUCAAACUCUACCAAAGCUGAGGAUGAACUUUUGUUUCAGUCGGAUUCAAAUAGUGGUUUCCCAAGAUCCCAGGAAGGGGAUGAUGUUAGCAACACAGAAUGGCUGAAAAAGCCGUGCAGUGACCCCAAAUUUGAGCAAAUGGACCAAACGUUUUUCACAGAUGAAUCGUAUGUUUGACCAGCCAGUGUCAAAUAACUUUUUUUUUCAAUUUACCUUUGUUUGGUUUAAUAUCCCAAGGGGAUAUAUUCUCAUCAGGGACAUAACAGAACUUGUGGUGUUUAAGGGAUUUCCAGAGUGACUUUCUCAGUUAUAGUCUUGUGAUUUCAAAGACAUUUCCUGGUAUCUGGGAAGGCCCCAACAAAACCUUAAGAGAAACACUUGGUUCUACAACACUUGCAAACACUUAUAUAUGUGCUUGCUAUCCAGCUUUUCUCUGAACCACUCUAAACAUUGUAAAUCUGUUUUGUGUCUUGUUGUGGUUUGGAUGUAGUGUGUAAGGUCAGCCUGAGCUCCAUAGCUGUGGUAUUCUAUUGCUGUUUUGAAGCCAAUGGUCCAUUUCAUUGUCCUCCAAGGAAAGGCAUUUUCAUGUUUUUGUUAUGUUUCAUGAGGCAACUGUUCAAUAGUUCCAGUCAUUUUCUCUUGCAGCAAAAGAAGGAAGUUUUUUUUAAUGAAACAUAAACACUGACCCUUCUAUAACUUACAACUCUCAAGUUUUGUGUGUGUCACCUUACGGGCUCCAUUUGAGUAUUACAUUUUUGUUUCCUUUGUGAAUUGUUUCUUAAUGAUGAUGCUCUCAAAUGGCAUUUUGUCUUGGUGGUGGUGAUGUUAGGAAAAGCAGAACUUAUGUAAUGUUAUUAUAUACCAUUGAAAUCUUUAUUAUAAUAUAUUGAAAGUAAUGCAUUACCUUAAAAAUGCUUUGAGAUUGUAUAAUAUAUCUUGAUAAAUUUUUGCUAUUGUAUAUGUUCUGAAAUAAAUGUAUUUUUGUACU